AUGUGCAUGGGUUGGAGCUGGGCGCUUUACCUGGCCAGCGAGAUCGUGGCCUACCAGACGUCGUUCGGCGGGUCCCUUCCGACACACCGCUUCAUCCGUGACAAGAACCCGCCACCCACGGCCCACAUCAAGCAGCUGAAGCCGUACUUGCCUCCCCUGGAAGGGCGCAACCCGAAGAAAUUCACACUUUUGGACUUCAAUGAGCGCACCGUGGAAGUGCCGGACUUCGUGAAGCAGGCCAUGAAGGACUUCAUUGACAACGGAGGGCUGCAGAAGUACCCGUCGUACGGAGGCUUGCAGGCGGACAUCGCGACGUACGCGGGCGUCAAGCCAGAGCAGGUAAUGUUCACAAAUGGCUCGGACCAGGGCAUCGACUUGGUGAUUCGAUGCUGCUGCGAAAAAGGUUCCGAGGUGAUCAUCCCUUCGCCCACGUUCGCGAUGUAUGAGCAGGCGGCGGAGAGCGAGGGCUUGGUGAUCCGACGGCCCCACUUCACCCAGGACAAGGGCUUUCCCCUGGAGGAGGCCUGCGGCGUUGCCUGGGGACGAGACAUUGGCCAAAACUCGCUAAAGCUUACGACGACAGAGCUUCGCUCGGCUGGAAGAAUGCUGUUCCAUGCUGAGUCCUGA